GGCAGUGGUGUUAUGGCGGACAGAAGCUGAAGCAGUGGAGCAGAAGCUGGAACAGUGGGACAGUUUCAGACUGGCUUCAGCUCAGAGGGGCCGGGGGGGCUGGACGGGAUGCACAACAGGCCCCUAUUGAACACCCUGAAGACCCUGAGGAGCUGAGGAUGAUGAAAAUGAAGCUACUGAUGAAAACGGCCGAAGCAGGAGCGGACGGACCGGCCCAGGACGGGCCUGCCGAUCCGCCGGAUCACACGCACAUCCCCGGGGCGGCACCUCCUCUGUCCCCAGUGGCCGGCGGCGGGCUGGAGGAGCCCGCACGUCAGCCGGUUCCACCUCCACUGGACAAGGAGACGGUGUUCGAGUGGUUCGGCCUGCAGCUGGAGCCGGCCCGGCGGCUGGAGCUCAUGUGCGGGCUGCUCCAUAUGUGCCAGCCGCUGGAGCUCCGCUUCCUGGGCUCCUACCUGGAGGACCUGGCCCGGAAAGAUUACCACGUUUUACGGGACUUUGAGUUCCGGGCCAACAGUCCCGGUGAGCUGGGGCUGCUGUCGGACGUGCUGGACCCGGUGGUCCGGUCCAAACUGUUGGUCAGUCUGUCUCUGCUCGGCUCCGACAGCCGGGAAUGUGCCGGGAUCCUGUUCCGGAUCCUGAGCCAUGUGGACCCGGGCCUGUUCUGCAAAAACUAUGCCUGCUCCCUUCCUCCGUUCAGGGACCCCCAUCACCCCCACCCCCACCUCCUCCACCACCACCCGGUUCAGGACGGAACCGCGUACGGGCGUUCGGAGCCCUCCUGCGGCUUGUCUGUACAGGACACCGCGGUGGGACCUCUGGAGCAGUUGGCGCUGCUGUUCACCAUGGCCUCUCUACACCCGGCUUUCCACUUCCAUCAGCGGGAGAUAGUCCGAGGACAGCUGGACAAAAUAGAGCUGUCCAUGGAAGAGGACGGGCGGACCGGUGUGGGCAGGAGGAGCGGCCAGUCCCCGGAGCUGCUGUCUCAGAAGGUGGACUACCUGUCCUCGUCGUCCUUGUCUUUGGGGGAAUGUUCGGUGUCGUGUCCUCCCUGCCAGAGCCGAUGCUCUGGACGAUGGACCAAUCAGAGAGAAGCCGUUCAUAUUGAAGGAAUCGUCCUCAGAAGCAUCUCACGAACAAGAGUAGACAAAGAAUACAACUUUGAGGUGAAGUGGUCAGACUCUUCUUCUACUUGUGUGACCAAAACCCAUUUGGAACUGGAGAACUUCCUGUUGAAGCUUCCAAAGGAUCAGUGCAUCGAGUCAUUUGAGAAAGGAAUCCUACGUCUGCUGAACCAGGGAGAGCAGUACGAGAGCAGGGAGGUGGAGAACAACCUCAGGGAACGGUUCCUGUCAGCCCCUCCAGUUUUCAGACAGACCAGGAAGGUGUGCACCUUCUUCAACUGUGGCUCCAGUUACUCCACCAAACCCUCCUGCUGCAGAUGCCACUGCCCGCGAAAGUCUUUCCCAGGAGACUGCUCUGAUGCGUCCAGUCAGGAGGAAGACCUAGAGUCAUUUGUUCAGGGACAUAAGAAGAAACAUGGGACCAAGAGUCCAUGUCGAAGUAACUCCAGUGCCAAAGGCCCCCCCAUGGAGGGUCGGAGGGGGGGGGGCCGUACCGCAGAGCUCAACGGUCCAGUAGAGAGGAGGAAGAAGAGCUGCCCAAUGAGGAGCAACCAGGAAGUAGAACAGCAUCAGGAGUUUGAGAGGAAAAGUCACACAGUGUCUAAGGCCAAGAGCAGAGUGGGGACCACAGACAGGGACACGGGGAGCAGGACUAGGGCGGUGAAGGGGGCGGGUCCAGCCUUGGUGUCCAACGGUGACCUGGGACCAGCUCUGUCCCCUCAGAGGACAGACCCAGGUGUUGUUGCAGAUGGAGGUUCUGGUCCAGAUACAUUCGGUGACACGUCCUCAGACAGUUACAGUUCCCCCUCCAGCCCCAGACACAGAGGAGAGGAGAGUGUGGACAGUGAGGAUGACAACAACAAAGAUACCGACAGCCACUCUGACGACUCGGCUAAAGGCCACGCCCAUGACCUCUUCUCCCCCCCCCAGACCCACCCGUCUGUAGGGGGGAGGGGGGGUCGCAUCCGCCGGGCCCGGACCGAGCCCUUCUGCCCGGAGUCCACCACAGACUACCCCCCCCUCACCUUCAUGCAGACCCUGCCCUACGUGCUCCCCAACGGUGCCGGCGAUGCCCCCCUUCCUGUGGUCCCGCCCCCUCCAGGCCACAACGUCGUCCCUGAUGGGAAGUCUGCGUCAACGGCGGUGAUGAUGCAGAUGCCUCUAGUGCCUCCGGCCGUGGGGGGGCCAUCCACAGACCCCGACAAGAGGGAGCUGCUGCCCACCUUCGGGCUCCCGCCGCUGGGCCUCCACUCGCCUGGGGGUCCUGCGGCCCCGCCCCUGGUCCACAGGUUCAAGACGGUCCUGCCCCACAGCCAAGGGGUCCCCGACGGAGCGUCAGGGACCGCUUCCACUCCGUCCACCGCCUCCAUCAGAGCCGUUGGCGUCCUGUCCGCCGGACCCACGUCCUUCUCCCCCCUCCAGCCACCGCCGCCCUGCCAGGACCCCUCCGGCACCGGCCCCCUGCCCCUGGACACACCCCACGCCAAGCACCCCGGCCUGACCUUACCCUCGGGCCUGCCGUCAUCCUACACGCUGCCUGUCCCAGCCCCCGUCAUGCCCGCCGUAGGAGCCCCCACCGGACUUGCGCCGUCUCCUGGUCAUGUCCAAGUGGCCGUUCCUCCGGCCGUGCCCACCCACACCCCAGGCCCCGCCCCCAACCUCAGCCCGGCGCUGACCCACAGCACGGCCCACAGUGACUGUACGUCCUACAGCAACAGCAGCGUUUCCUGUGGAACCGCCGCCCCCGGUAACUCCGCUGUUCUGACACCCCCACAGCAGCAGCAAGCUCCGCCCCAGCAGCCCACACAGCCGCCGGCGGGCUGUGGGACCUGCGGCUGUCACAACAACUGUGGCGGCCGGGGGGGCGGCGGCGGCAGCUCCACCGCCUGCCAAGCCCCCAUGUUCUUCCCCGCCCACCAGAUGGCAGCAGCAGCGCGGCAGGUGUUCAGUUUACCGCCACACCUCUUCCAGCUGACGAGCAUGUGCAGUAAUAGCUUCCUGUCGCAGGCCCAAGCGCCUCACCAGGCCAACGGCGCCAACACCAUGCCCCCGUUCUUCCCUGCUGCCCCCCCUCCCUAUGGCCCCUCCCUCCACAACCACUCCCACAGUCACGCCGACGUGCCGUCGCACAUGCUGGGCACGGCGGCGGCGGUGGCUGCAGCUGCGAACUACAACCUCCAGCAGCAGAUGGCGCCGGCGGCGUCCUUCUGCCAGCGCGUCUAUCAGCACGUGUACCCCAACCCCCUGGGGAUGCUGCCCCCGGCAACGUUGGGGGGAGGCGGGGUCAACAAGAAGAACGGCAACGUGUCCUGUUAUAACUGCGGGGUGAGCGGACACUACGCCCAGGACUGCAGCCAGCCCCCCCUGGAGUCCACACAGACAGGUGGGUUCCGGCUCAAGUACUCGUCGUCCUCACAUGUUUCAGAAACACUCGACAACACUGACUGAAAAAGGAGGAGGCGGUCCACGUCCUGUUUCCACGGCGACCGUCCUCCUGUCAGCAUCCACACACUCACAGAAGCUUCUGGACCAAGUUCAGGAAGAAAAAAAACCACAGACGUGGAUUGAACAUGGAGUAACCUCUGACCCCCUUAACCCCUGAACCCCCAUGAGCCCCUUAACCCCCUGACCCCAGUGCCGGUGCUGGACCCCCCCUGUUCCCAUGGAAACCAGCGGUGGUCUGCGUGUUCUUGUAGGUUUGGAUCUUUUUGCACUGAGGGACAGAAACCUUUAACUUAUGACUGAAUUAUUGGAAGAGUCCAGUUUUUGGGAACGCUUCUGUUUUUACAGGAAACUGAAGUGGACUCAAACGGUUCUUAUGCAUUUUUCUAAGCGCACACACACACACAUGUUUGUGCUGGUUCUGAACGUCGGCCCGCAGUGGGAUCGUCCGGCAGGUGAAUGAACACAAACAGUUUAAAUGGACACAGACUGUGGACGGAGCACAUGCAUUCUUCUGUUUGUUUGUUUUUUCCACUUGAAUGUGUUUGGGUUAAAGCAGUGCCGUCAGUCUGUUCAGUUCAGCUUCUACAUUCAGUCCAGUCUGGUCUAAAGUGGGUCAGAACCAGAACCAGUUGGACCAGAACCACAUCAUCCAAAGGUUUGUCUGCAUUUCACUGUAAAAAAAAAAAAGUCCAAUUAUAUGAUGAAAAUGAAAAGAACAUGAACAAACACACGUAGAAUUGAAUGUUUCUGAAGGAAAAGUAGUGCAGUUUGUACAAAUUUAACGUUUCAGUUUCCGAUCCCAGCUGAUCUAAAAAAAAACAACAUUUAAAAACCGACAGAAUGGGACGAACAAUUAAACUGUUAUUCAGACACUGCAGGUUCAUAUUUAAUCUGAUCUCAAACACCUGGAAACAGUAACAAUAAUAUAAUAACUUAUGAAUAAUGUCAAAAUAUGAGAAACAUGAACAGAAAUAU